UGUCUUCCCGCGCAAUGAAUGACGAUGAAGUGCUGAGCGAGAUGAACAAGAUGGUAGCUUUCAUCAAGCAAGAGGCCCUCGAGAAAGCCCGAGAGAUUAAAGUGAAGGCAGAUGAGGAAUUCGCUAUCGAGAAGGCCAAACUUGUCAAACAAGAACAGCAGGCCAUCGAUUCCCAAUACGAAAAGAAGAGGAAGGGGGCGGAGGUGGCGCAGAAGAUGGCUCAAUCAACAAUCACGAAUAAGUCCCGUCUCAAGCUGCUUCACAAACGCGAAGAAGUUCUGCAAAACAUCUUCGCCGCUGUCCGGGAACCAGACUCUCCCUUGUACGAACACGCGGGCCGAUACGACCAAUUCCUCGAAGGCAUCCUCACCGAGUCCUUCCUUUACAUCCUCGAGCCCUCUGUGACAAUCUACUCCCGGAAGUCAGACAUCGCCACAGUCAAGAGAGCUGCGGAGAACGCGACGAAGGCGUACAAGGAUAUCAGUGGGCGCGAUAUCACGUAUGAGGUCCAAGGGGCCAUCGCUGACGACUCGAGUCAAGGUGGUGUGAAGCUCGUCAGUGGUACAGGCAGGAUAACACUGGAUAACACCUUGGAGGAGCGACUUCGAUUGCUGGAAGACAAGGUGCUCCCAGAAAUCAGAAACGAACUUUUUGGUGCGAACGAAAACCGCAAGUUCUACACAUAGA